UGAGAAAGUGUGCAAAAUUUGGUUGAUUUUUACCCAAUGGUAAAAAAGUUAUGCCCUGUUCAAUGUGUCGCAAUAAUUUCGUGUUCGCCCUUUAUUUAAAACUUUUCGAGAUUUUAUUGUUCGGUUGGUGCACCAUAUUGACGGCUCUGUCCGGGAUGGGCUGAAAAUUUUCACUUUUUCCGAGUCGUUUUCGAAAAAUGUUUCAAAACACUAAAUUGAUUAAUUCCAUUCAGUAUAACAAAAGAUAUGAGCGUUCAAAACCUUACACGAUUUUUCUUGCAAAAAUUUUGAAAAGGGGCCCCUGUAUUGAAAGGUAAUUCGUUAGACUAGACAAAAAAAUAAUUCUGCAUUUACAAUGUAGCCAAACAAAUAAAUGAGUCCGCUCAGCUGUGACAUCCAUCCAUCUAAAAGGGAACAGUAGCAAAAACAACGCCCGAUGAUACUCGUCACAAUUACAGCACAGUCAUUUAGUCCAAGAAUUCUAAUAGUGGAUGAAUUGUUCUCUUUUUGUUCCAGCCACUCCUCCUACGAUCAGCUGGAUCGUGCUGGUACCGGUCUCGAAAAGCCCAUCAAAUGUGACAUUUGCGAUCGACAAUUCGCUAAACUAGGCUACUUAAAACGACACAUGCGAAUCAUCCACACCGAAAGUACAUCUCACCGGUGCGACAUAUGCGGGAAAAUCUAUAGGCUGAGGACCUUAUUUGAAAGACACAGAAGAAUGCAUACCGGCGAACGGCCGUUUCAUUGUGAGAUGUGCGGCAAAGGUUUUACAUUCAAACACUAUCUGACUAUUCAUAUGAGAUCGCAUACUGGACAUCACCGCUAUAAGUGUGAUGUUUGUGGCAAAGAAUACAGUUCAAGGAGUUCGUUUAUGGACCACAUGAGAUCCCAUACAGGCGAGCGCCCGUAUGUAUGUGACAUAUGUGGAAAAAGUUAUGCCAGUCAGAACCUCCUGAGAAAGCAUACGUUAACACAUUUAGCAAAUCGCCCGUUCAACUGCGAUGUUUGUGGCAAAGGAUUUACUACAAGAAACACUCUUGUGGAUCACGAGAGAUCCCAUAGCAUCGAGCGCCCGCAUAAAUGUGACGUAUGUGGGAAAACCUUCAAAUAUCCCUAUGGGUUGCGGUAUCACAGUGGAGUGCACAUGGCUGAACAACCUUACAAAUGUGACAUUUGUGGCAAGGGAUUCUCUGUCCAGGCCCAGUUCAAUCAGCAUCUAAAAAUUCACACAGACGAACGUCUGCAUCGGUGUAAUGUUUGCAACAAAGAGUACAGAAGUAAGGCUUUCCUCGUCACACACAUGCGGUCUCAUACUGAUGAACGGCCAUACAAAUGUAAAGUUUGCGGUUCUUCUUUUAGGACUUCGAAUGUACUGGUGGCGCACAUGAAAAUUCACUCAAACCUAGCAUCAAACCCGUUUAAAUGUGACAUAUGCGGAGCACAGUUUGGCCAACGAAGUACUCUUACCGUUCACAGUAAGGUUCAUCGGAAGACACCGUUCCAUGAAUGUCCUAUUUGUGACAAACAAUUUCUCACCACUCGAGAGCUGGAUAGGCAUAGAGUCACCAUUCACAAUGAGCGACCGUACAAAUGCACGAUCUGUGACAAAGCCUUCACUGCCAUGGGGAACUUGCGGUCACAUCUGAGGGUUCACACUGGCGUGAUUCGACUCAACUGUCACAUUUGCGAGCAGAGCUUUACAAGGAAAUCAGACCUCAAUGUACAUGUAAAGAAAAAGCACGCUCAAGAUAAACCCCUGUAAUGUAUGUUGAAAAAGAAUAUUUCUGAUACACGAACGAAAUAUUUUUUGUAUGUACACAAUGUGUCAUGUAACAAAAACUGCAAGUGGGUAACUUGAGCAUUUGAGCAUAUGGAUGCCGCGCAUGGAUGUGUUGUUUACUAUAGGCAGAAAUAUCAACUAUGUUAGCAUUAUAGAACUUGACGGACAAGAACCAAAUAAAGUUAUCUCAUCACUACCUACAGAAUUACUUCGUGUUUUCUUAUAGUAUUAUCAACAGGUUAUGGGCCCAGGGAUUACCUGUACGAGGGCUAUUCGUCACAAAUGCAGCAAAGUCGUUCAACCGAAAUUUCUAAUAG